AUGGGCUCAAUCGGUAAUACACAAGCAAACGGCGUCCGCGAUCUGCUCGCAGAUUUGCCCCCGUACACGCCCACUCCAGCAGACAUCGCCAUCGACAACCACAAAGACGGGGAUAAGGGCAAGAUCCUGUUCAAGAAUGUCAACAUCUUCGACUCCACGGGCUCAGACAUGUAUCCGGGGGACGUGCUGAUCGAGGGUGAACGGAUCAAAGAGGUCGGCAAGGUCAAUUUUACCCCUGACGACGACACGCUCGUCAUCGACGGCAAGGGCACCAAGACGCUCAUGUCAGGUCUGUGCGACUCGCACACACAUCUGAGCUGGAACAACUCGCCGACACUGGACGGCCUGACCAGUCUCGGGCUAGAAGAGCACGUCCUCCACACAGCUCAGUCCGCAAAGACGUACAUCGACUGUGGCUACACCAUGUGCUUCGGAGCGGCUUCGGCACAAGAACGCCUAGAUAUCGUCAUCAAGCAGGCCAUCAAGUCCGGUAUGAUCCCCGGGCCUCGAACGCUGGCCAACUGCCAGGAAAUCACGACCACCGGCGGAGCAAUCAUCCCGAGCAUAAGUCACCACGCCGAUGGGGAGGAUGCGAUGCGAAAGACCGUGCGACAUUUCGUCGAGCUCGGCGCUGAUAACAUCAAACUGAGCAUGACCGGCGACUAUGUACAUCCGACCAUGGGCGCCACCGAGACCUACUUCACCCUGAAGGAGACGAGAGCCGCCGUGGAGGAAGCCCACAACCGGGGGAAGAGAGUCUGUGCCCACGCACGGUCGGCGGCCUCGGUGAAGCUCUGCUGUCAGACGGGGGUGGACGUGGUGUACCAUGCCUCAUUUGCAGAUGAAGAAGGGCUGAACAUGCUCGAAGCCCUCAAAGACCGCGUCUUCGUGGCUCCGGCCAUCAACUUCCCGUACAACACGUGCUCGGGGGACGCCGUGCCGUACGGGAUGACGCCGGAGAUGGCCAAGAAGAAGGGGCUGGUGGAAGAGGUCGACCUGGCCUGCAAGGCGAUGCGUGAGCUGCACCGACGAGGCGUGCGCGUACUGCCCGGAGGCGACUACGGGUUCGCGUGGGCGCCGCACGGCACGUACGCACGCGACCUGGCGCACUUCGUCAACCUGUUCGGGUACACGCCCAAGGAGAGCCUGCUGGCGGCGACGGCGCUGGGCGGCGAGAUCAUGGGCCACCCGGAGGAGCUGGGGAAGGUGGCGCCGGGCUACUAUGCGGACGUGAUCCUGGUGGACGGGAACCCGCUCGACGACAUCGAGGUCUUGCAGGACACCUCGAAGCUGCACGCCAUCGUCAUCAACGGCCACGUGCACAAGAACGUCGCCGUGGCCGGGGCGGACGGCCAGAGCAUCACCGCCGACGGCCUGAACAACAAGCGCACCAUCUACACCAACCUGCCGCUCGUGCCGGAGAAGGAGCAGCGGAAGAUGCAAGCCGACGCGCAGCAGCACGGCAUUGGGGCUGAGCCGCAGGCGGUUUGA